AUGGUUGUGCCACCCAUGAAGCGCCGCCGCAAGGCGAAGGCGACGCCCGAGGUCGCACCAGAGAUAACUGUAUCGGAGGUUCCGAAGUCAGGCGGCACGUCGACCGACUUUAGCACGUUGGCGUCAUUGUUGCAGCCCUUCAAGACGGCCUGGGACCAAGAGGGCGCCAAGAAAAACAUCAACAGCAUCCUCUCGGCUGAGAUGAUGAAGGCGUUCGGCUCAGAUGUGGCGCCCAAGGGGCCUGAAGAGGACAGGGACACGCCUGCUCCGAGUGAGGCCGAGUCGCUCUUGUCCUCGGCGGUCGCGAAUGGGAACUUCGCGACCGACAUGUCGUCGAAGCUCGGCAAGUUGUGGAACGAUGCGAAGCGAAAUGAUCCGACACUGGCCGCGGCCUACAAGGCCGUCGGCAAGGUGCACGCGGCCCAGAGAGCGUUCCGCCUGAAGUGGGCGAACAAGGAGGCUGACAAAAUGAAGAAGGAGCGGAUCCACAUGCACACGCAGGAGUUGCUCGGACAGGUGAAAGGGAAGUACAAGACCUUCGGGAUGAUCUGGGCUGAGGAGGGCAAGGACGCCAUCGGGUUUGACGUGGCGUGCAACGUGCUGCAAUCGUGCUGGGAGCUCCACAGCAAGGGCCGCAGCCUGUAUGGCAGGCCGUGGUUGCGAAUCAACAACCAGAAGAAGUACCCCGAGUUCCUGGUGACGGAGGAGUCCGUGGAGCUGAACGACAAGGAGAUGCUGAUGAAGGCGCAGCUGCAGCUAGUGGAGGCGUUGGAGUUGUUCCUGGAGGCCCUCCUGCAGCCGCUGGACAUGUUCCUGGAUGCGCAGCUCACGUACGGGUGCCGAUCGAGGGCGCUGAUCCCAUGGCAGAGAGGCAAGGCUAAGAAGCAGCUGACCCCUGAGCAGAAGCUGGCCCUCAAGAGCCUGCUGAAAGACCUGGCAGCCCUGAGCAAGCUCAAGGUCUCCGUCGCCCAGGCGCGCCAGGACUGCUCCGAGCUUAUGACGGUCAUCGCGUCGAACAAGACGUGGGAGUACAUGAACAACGAGUCGUUCCUCAAACCUAUGCGUGAUGCGCGCGACAAGCUCGAGACGUUCAAGGCCACCUCGCAGUUCUGGAGUGACGUGAUGAUCCAGGACGACUUUCCGAAGUAUGCCAGGACGAACUACAAGCCGAGCGAGAUCAGACUCGCGCUCGCCAAGAAGGAUGAGUUCGUGGAGUUGUGUGAGGCUCUGGCCACGGAGACCUCGAACCUCAAGAGGAUGCACGCCUCGAGGAAGCCUACCCGAAAGUGA